AUGUUCAAUAACUUGGAGAAUGCGACUUCCACCCUUCGAUUCCAUCUCAACGGCAACCCAAUCAUCCUAGACGGCAACUCUUUUGACCCUGAUUCGACACUUCUUGACUUUAUACGCUCACAAGGACAGGGACACACAGGCACCAAGCUCGGUUGCGGCGAAGGUGGUUGUGGUGCCUGUACCGUCGUGAUCCAAUCGCGAAAUUUAAGAACCAAUCAGAUUCAACAUCUCGCUAUAAACGCAUGUUUGGCGCCGAUCAUUUCCGUCGAUGGUAAACAUGUGAUCACUGUCGAAGGUGUUGGUAGUCCACAGAAUCCUCAUCCAAUCCAAGAGAGGCUCUGGAAAUUAAGCGGAAGCCAAUGCGGUUUCUGCACUCCAGGAAUCAUCAUGUCAUUAUAUGCACUCGUUCGUAAUGCUGCAUAUCGUGGAUCGCUUUCGGCUGCAGAAGUUGAACUCGAAGGAGCUUUGGAUGGCAAUCUCUGCCGAUGUACUGGCUACAAGCCGAUCUUAGAUGCUGCGAAGACCUUUGUAGGCGACUAUCUCAAUGGUGAACUAACCGUUCCAAUAAACUUCGAGGCUGCGAACCUCGACCAUGCUGAAUGUUGCGCCAACCCAGCUCCUACCAAUAAAGGCUGUGGCAGAGCAGACUGUUGUCAGUUGCGUGAGCAAUCAGAUGACUUAGAUCUUACCAUGUCUCCAUCCAACUUCCCUCGUUUCCAUCUCAAACCAUACAAAGCCGGCACAGAGCUCAUUUAUCCACCUUCCCUUACCAAACACGUCCCAAAACUUCUGUCGUUUGGUUCUUCUUCUAGGAAAUGGUUCCGGCCUACUAGUUUGGAUGAGCUCCUUGAAAUCAAAACCCAAUACCCGACUGCGAAACUCGUCGGUGGCUCUUCAGAAAUCCAGAUCGAAGUGAAGAUUAAAGCGGCAUCUUAUCCAAUUUCAGUGUUUAUUUCCGAUAUCCCAGAAUUAUGUCGAAUAUGGCCGCCUUCGGUCGACCGCAAUACGUUCGAAUUUGGUGCGAAUGUCUCACUAGCUGAGCUCGAACAAGAAAGCAAAGCCCUUUGUUCGACCUUGGAUCCCACAAAAAGUGGCCCAAUCGAGGCGAUACGUACCCAAUUGCGCUAUUUCGCUGGUCUACAAAUUCGGAAUGUUGCGUCUGUCGGAGGAAAUAUUGCGACAGCUAGUCCCAUCUCCGAUUUGAAUCCCGUUUGGGUCGCAAUUGACGCAAAAAUUCUCGCCGCAAGUCCAGAACAGCCAGAAAUUAUUCUGCCUAUGUCCCAGUUCUUUACAGGAUAUCGCAAGACCGCCUUACCGCAGAAUGCUGUCAUAGUCAAAAUUGUCGUGCCCUUGAAUACUUCCAAAGACAGAGAGGUCGUUCGCGCAUACAAACAAGCAAAGCGCCGGGAUGACGACAUUGCCAUCGUGACAGCAUGUUUUGCCAUGCGAGUCUCCUUGAAUGGAAUCAUAUCACAUGUUCGAUUGGCCUACGGUGGCAUGGCCCCAACCGUUGUCUCUGCCACAAAGACCCAGACCUUCUUGACUGGCAAGUCUUUCUCGCCCAAGACUAUGGAGGCGGCUCUCGACAUUCUCGGACUUGAAAUGCAUCUCCCGUUCAAUGUUCCUGGAGGAAUGGCGUCGUAUCGCAAGACGCUGGCUCUUAGUUUCUUUUUCAAAUUUUGGACCAGUGUUUCAAGCGAAGUCGGAUUAGCAACCGAUGCUCUUCCAACUGCCUCGGAAAUCGCCGACAUAACAAACCUUAUUCACCGCCAACUGAGCACCGGCAGGCAUGACAACAGUGAUCCCUACGCUCAAGAGGUCGUUGGGCGUCAAGAACCACAUCUAUCUGGCUUACUUCAAGCCACCGGAGCUGCCGUUUAUGUUGAUGAUAUGCCCAAAGUGGGGAAUGAACUAUAUGGCGCCCUCGUCCUUUCCACCCGCGCCCACGCCAAAAUUCUUUCCGUGAACGCUUCGCCCGCAAUCGAGAUGGAGGGCGUCGUUGAUUGGGUCUCGCAUAGUGAUCUGCCAAAUGAGAGAUCUAACUGGUGGGGAGGCGGACCAUUCAUUGACGAGGUUUUCUUUGCUGUCGACGAAGUCGUUGCACAUGGACAACCGAUAGGUAUGGUUGUUGCGCAUUCUAAAAUUAUUGCCCAGAAAGCUGCGCGCGCCGUCCAAAUCGAGUACGAGGACCUUCCCCGAAUUCUCACGAUAGAAGAGGCGCUUGAGCAGGAAUCUUUCCAUCCGGUAUAUAAUAGAUUCAUCCGAAGGGGAAGGCCCAUUGAAGAAUCGCUCACAACUUCAGAUCACGUGCUAGAAGGAGAAACGAGAAUGGGAGGACAGGAACAUUUCUACCUUGAAACAAUGGCAGUACUUGUUGUUCCAAAGCUUGAGAAUGGUGAAAUGGAUGUCUAUUCGUCGACUCAGGGACUAGCCGAGACGCAACGCUGGGUAGCCAAUGUGACUGGCGUGCCACGAAAUCGAAUUGUUGCGCAUGCUAAACGACUCGGAGGGGGAUUUGGAGGGAAGGAAUCUCGCAGUGUUCACCUGGCCGCAAUCACAGCCGUAGCUGCGAAAAAGACCAGGAGACCAGUGCGUAUCAUGCUCGAUCGACAAGAGGACAUCAUGACCACUGGUCAACGACAUCCAUGUUUGACAAAAUGGAAAGUGGGCUUCACCUCUGAGGGGAAGCUUCAGGCGUUGUCUGCAGAUUUCUAUUGCAAUGCAGGGUAUUCUAUGGACUUGAGCGGAGGCGUUAGCGACCGGGCACUUGCCCAUCUGGAGAAUUGGCACCUAUUAUAUCCCCGACGUCGAUGUUCGCGCGCGGUGUUGCAAGACAAAUACGGUACGUUGCACCAUGUUUCCUUGAGUGUUAUCCUGAGUGGACGGCAGGUCUCCAACACGGCGUUCAGAGGAUUUGGCGGACCCCAAGGAAUGGCCGUCGCAGAACAUUAUCUGGAAGCCAUCGCCGAUAAACUGAAUCUAGACAUAGAUCACGUUCGACAAAUCAAUUUAUAUCAGGAAGCACAGAAAACACCAUACCACCAGAAGGUCUUGGACUGGCAUGUGCCUCGUCUCCUCAGCGAUUGUCGUCGCGGAAGUCAUUAUGAUGAACGGAAGGCGGCUGUUCGGGCCUUUAAUCGAGAGCACAAAUGGCGCAAACGCGGUAUCGUGCUUGUUCCAACGAAAUUCGGGCUGGCAUUCGGAGUGAAAGCUCUCAAUCAGGGUUCAGCUCUUGUGCACGUGUACACGGAUGGAAGUGUCCUUCUCGCGCAUGGAGGAGUGGAAAUGGGACAGGGUUUAUAUACCAAGAUGUGUCAAAUCGCAGCCCAAGAACUGCGAAUACCAUUAGAGGACGUGUUCACGUCAGAAACGGCGACCAACACAGUCAUCAAUACGGUUCCCACCGCAGCAUCUGCUUCAAGCGAUCUCAAUGGUUAUGCCGUCUAUAACGCCUGUGCCGAGAUCAACAAGCGACUAGAGCCGUAUCGCCAAAAGCUUGGACCACAGGCACCUCUUUCAGCGCUUGCCUCUGCAGCUUGGGCAGAUCGGAUCCCCCUCUCCGCCACAGGCCAUCAUGCGACGUCGGAUUUGGGUUAUGAGUGGAACAAUCCGAACGAAACGGGAAAUUUGUUCCAUUAUUUCACCCAAGGCGUAUGUGCAACUGAGGUUGAAGUUGACACACUUACUGGAGACCACACUGUCCUCAGAGUGGAUAUCAACAUGGACGUUGGGAAGAGUCUAAAUCCUGCCGUCGAUUACGGACAGAUCGAAGGGGCAUUCACACAAGGCCAAGGGUUAAGCACAAUCGAAGAGAGUCUGUGGUUACGUCAGACAGGCGCGAUCUUUACAACUGGACCUGGCGCUUACAAACUCCCUGGAUUCAGUGACAUUCCACAGAUAUUCAAUGUGUCGCUGUUACGCGAUGCCGAGUGGCCCAAUCUCGGCUCAAUCAAAGCAAGCAAAGGCGUCGGCGAGCCACCACUCUUUCUGGGGUGUUCCGUGGCUUUAGCCAUCAGAGACGCGCUCAAGUCUGCUCGAGCGGAUGCCAACGUUCACGAAUUGCAGGACUUCCGUUUGCCUUUGACGAGUGAGCGUAUCAGACUCGCCUGCAAGGAUUUUUUGGUGGAGAAGGGUCGAGUAGAAGCGAAAGAGGGCCAGCAGGACUUUUUCGUGCAUAUAUGA